AUGAGUGAUGGGGCUCCCCUUGUAACAAGGGAGUACAAUGUAGUUGCCAAAAGUUGCGACAGUUUCUUGGAUAGCGGUUCGUUCAACUCAGUGGUAGCAGCAACGCAGGCGCUAAAUCAGAAACAAGAAAAUGCGACUCAAAAAACGAGCAAAGUCGGAAAAGAGCUGCUUAACGUGGCCUCGAUUAAUAUUGAGAUUCCAGAAAAUCUAAGCUUUGGUAAAAGCGCAGGGCUUCCACCUGAAUUUUAUGUCGAUAUAGAAAUCUUAUCGUGUGAAAACGAUAAAGAAGCUGUACUGGUCGUUUCAUCUGAUUCUAUAUCCUUAUUUCAGAUCGGAUUUACAAUGGAGGAAAAUUCAAAAUCGGAUUUUGACAAACAGCUUUCACUGAUCUUAAAAAUAUGUGCGCAUAAAAACCAAGAAACAAACUUGAGAAAACAGUUGGCAAAUCACAAAUCUCAAGAGGGAAGGCCGCUAAGAAAGAGAAGGAAGAAAAGUUCAAGUGCUAGUGACCCCGGAAAACUACUGAAAAAUCGUGUACAUGAACUAUCUCUGUCUUACAAGGAUUUUGAAUGCUCUCAAAUCGUAUUAAAGCAUGACGAGGUUUCUUCGAAACGGUUAUUAUCCUUUACUUUAAUGCUGAAAUACAUUAAAAAUAAAUUCAAUCGGUUUUCCCCGGAGGCUAACCAAAUUUUGGAUUUACAAUACUCCAAUAGGUGCGAGAACGACUUUGAACAAUAUCAUGAACAUAAUCAUAUCCACUCCAAAUUCAUUCAAAAGCAAUUCACUUCUCAAAUCCUGGAAUAUAGUAAAGAUAGGCUGUCAAAGAUCAAGCCAUUCUUAUCCCAAUCUAUACCCGGCCUAAAAGCCAAUCUUUUACCAUUUCAACGAGAAAGUGUUGAGUGGAUGCUAACCAAGGAAGGACGUGGCGUCUCUCUCGGUGAUAAGCCUAUAACGAUCGACGAAGUAGGGCUUAAGAACUUUAUGAAUGAUUACUAUGCAUACGGCUAUGAAUUAAUUGUACGCAGCCCUGAUGAGGCAGCACCAUCGUUGUUAUGGAACAAAUUAACAGGUUAUAUUCUAAGUGUUGAUGACGCUGCACAUUUGUAUGAUCAGUAUAGACAGGAAAACAAGAAUAAUGAUGACCCCAUUCGUGCGAAAGGUGUGUUGGCGGAAGAAAUGGGGCUGGGUAAAACCAUCGAGAUCUUGUCUCUAAUACUUUUAAAUAAAAGAGAUUUAAAAGACUCAGAAGCAACGUUCAUUGAUGCUGAAAACAGAACAGUAACGAAAACCAAAGCAACUUUGAUUAUUUGUCCCAAUGCUAUCUUGAAACAGUGGCUCGAGGAAACUGAAUUGCAUGCAAAUUCCUUAAGAUGGUACAACUAUAAAGGAUAUAAUGAGAUAAUGACCCAUUGUGAAACUGUAGAUGAUGCUGUCCACAAAUUAUGUCAAUACGACAUCAUAGUCACUUCAUAUAAUGUUAUUGCAACGGAGGUCCAUCAUGCAGAAUUCAACCGUAGUAUCAGAUCAAGAAGGUUGAAAAGCCCUAAGUAUGACUAUUCCUCACCCUUAGCUUUGAUGCAGUUUUAUCGUAUUAUUCUGGAUGAGGUUCAAAUGUUACGUAGUUCAUCAACAUACUCUGCAAAAUGUACGAGCCUCCUUCACAGAAUACACACGUGGGGCGUAUCUGGGACUCCAAUACAGAACAUCUACAACUAUAGAAUGAUCAUGUCUUACCUAAAGCUGCAUCCAUUCUGUGAUGAGGUAGAUUUUAUUCAGGCUCUUCAAGAGGAGAUAAAACUGCGGAAUGAUGCUAACGAUUAUACAGACAAUAGUUUGGUAUGUCGGUUAAAGGGUGUUCGAUUCUCCAUCAAAGAAUGUAUGAACAUUUUUUAUAGGUACGAUCUUUGCAUAAGGCAUUCCAAAUCUGACGUUUCCUCUCAAAUUAAUAUUCCUCAACAGCAUAACUUUAUCAUUCCUUUGGAAUUUGCACCUAUUGAGUGGGAUAACUAUCAGAAUCUUUGGAAUAACUUUUUAGAGUUGAGUGGCUAUAACACAGAUGGUGCUGGGUCACCUCGUGUAAGCAACGCCUUUCUGAAUGAAUGGUUGGCUAGACUACGAUACAUUUGCUGUCAUGCACUAUUUCCAGAAAUUCUGAAUACCCGACAAAAACGUCUCCAUGGACAUUUGACAAAAAUCUCAAAUAUAGACGAUAUUUUAAUUUCUAUGCGAAUGGAUGCAUUUGACAGUCUUAUUGGCUAUUAUAGGGAGAAGUUUCAAUUGUCAAUCAAGCAGGCACAACACGAACUAGAAUUUUCUAAUGAACCAUCAAGGGCGCUUCAAUCGUUGAUCAACAUUAAAGACGAUCUGGAAAUACAUUUGAGGCAUAAAUUUGAUGUCGAAGAUCCGUUCGACAAAUAUCUGAAUUUUAGUGAAGGUGAAGACGAACAUGGAGAGGAAACGUUGGAUGAAAGUGAGGAGAAAUCCCUAACAAACGAAAAUGACAGGUGGACAAGUGCCACCAAGGACAAUGAAAAUCACGGCGAUGAUGAAAAAUUAUCCAGCCACUUGAAGAAAAAGGGGUUACGUGCUAUGGUGAAUCUAUUGCAUGAUUGCUACUUCUUUCUUGGUUCUGCCUAUUAUAAUUUGGGCACCCGCAAAAUAGAAGAAGUUUAUGACAAAAAUCAAAAAGAAAAAGUCAGAAAGUUGGACUAUUCAGAUUUCUUCUCAAAGAAUGAAUUAGAAGAGAUUGAAAAGAAUAGACUUUUAGAACAAGAAAGUUAUUCCAACGCAGAAAUUCUGAGAAAAUCGAUCCUUUCUUCGGAGGCUAAAAAAGUUGGUACAACUAUUGAAUUGGCCAGAAAUAAAUUUGGUCUUUCCACCAGUAAAGUACCUCUGCAAUUGGUAAAUAUCGACUUUGAUCAUAUAAAUGAUUACUCGACCAAUUUAGGAGUAUCCCGUUGUUUCAAGUCUUUGAGCAAACUAAUACAUGCAUUGAAUGAACAGGCCAAGCACUUCAAUGAUCUAUUAGAUAAAUUGCUCUUUACCAUUUACGAACCAGUCUACAAGACAGAAGAAAAUGAUUCUAGCGAUACAAUUGUUGGUGGCGAAGAAUAUUCAACGUCGAUUGAUAGUCAAGACAAAAUAUUCAGUCUCCUCGGUUGUUUAGAGAUAAUUUUACAGAAUAGGGAUAAUAUUUUAACUUCUGACUCUGAAGUUAAAAUUCCCAAGCACCUGGUGCCUGAAGGUUCAAUAAUUUCCAAGUACCAAAAGCAGCUAUUGAACAAUUUGUGUUUGAUAGCAGGAACUCCCUUGCGAACUAUCUUUGACGAUUUAAAGAAUAACCGGAUAGUAAGACGUAUAUCGUCAGAAAAUGAAAACGAAACCCCUAUUGAAAAUUUUGAAGAUUAUUUGCUACAAUACGAAACGGAAGGUAAGAACUUGUUCAGACAUAAUAAACAGAUUAGAGAAUCUUUGAAAUUUUUAGGUUCAAUUUAUAAUGCCAAGACAGAGUAUUAUAGUCAGUUACAAAGAAUAUCCGAUUCCUUAGUAUCGCUGCAUUCAUUAAGUCCUCCGCAGCUAAGUCACCUGAUGAAAACUAUCAAAAAGUCAUUGGGUGGUGCCUUAGAUGCAAAAAUCAACAACACUGAAUCACGGUUAGUAUAUUUAAAGAAUUUAUCGCGAUUGAAGGACACGUUGAACGAGAAUCAAAUUCUGAGCUGCUCUAUAUGCUUGGGUGAUGUUGAGAUAGGUGCUAUAAUUAAAUGUGGGCAUUAUUUUUGCAAGAAUUGUAUUCUUACUUGGUUACGAGCUCAUAACAAAUGUCCAAUAUGUAAGAGCUUCUGUAGCGUAUCGGAGGUUUACAAUUUUAAAUUCAAGAACACAAAGGAAAGGAAGGAAAAGGAUGCUCAGGAGCCACAAAACGAUGGUAAUGGUUUAACUCAAGAAACAUCAAGUGGGGGUUCUACUAUAUCUAGUGUAAGCGAGGUGGAAAAGCUCUUUGGAAAUAAAUACAAACAAUUCCAUCAAAUGAAUGAGGUUCAUCAGAUUCACAUAAAAGAAAGUUUUGGCGCUAAAAUUGAUUUCGUCAUUAAACUUAUUUCUUAUCUGAAAUUAAAAAGUGAACAGGAAAAUGCUGAGCCGCCACAAGUCAUUCUGUACUCGCAAAAGACAGAAUAUUUAAAGGUUAUUGGUAAGGUCUUAAAACUGUAUCGCAUCGAGUAUUUGGCAUGUCUAUCUAACACAGCUGGUGUUGGUGAAACUAUAAACAACUUCAAACGUCAGCCUUCAGUCACUUGCUUACUCUUGAACGUGAAGACGUUAGGCGCCGGCUUAAAUUUGAUAAACGCAAAACAUAUAUUCCUGCUAGACCCUAUCCUCAAUAAUGGUGAUGAACAACAAGCAAUGGGAAGGAAUAAUCGUAUAGGACAGAACAAGGAAACUUUUGUCUGGAAUUUUAUGAUUAAAAAUACGGUCGAGGAAAACAUUCUCAGAUAUAAAUGUAUCCUAGAAGAGCGCAAAAGAAAAGAGAGGUCAAAUAGAAGCGACAACUGUGACAGCAGACAAAUUUAUAGGGAUGAGGAGGAAAAUGACGAUGCUAAAUUUGAGAUAAGCGUGGGUGAUCAAGAAGUUAGUAAUGAGCACUUGUGGAAUUGCUUCUUCCAUAAAAAUGAUUAA